GAGGCGGCCUCUAGGGCCUCGGGAGGAGGAGGAGAAGGGGGAGGAGGAGGAGGCUAAAGCAAAGGGAGGAAAGACACGGACCCGAAGCAACGGCGGGACGGUUAGCACCAUGAAUCCGUUGUGACGCGCGACUAGAGCGGUGUCGGGGAGGAAGGAGAGGAGUAAGCAGCAGAGUUCUUCGCCAUGAACCUGAGGGGCCUCUUCCAGGACUUUAACCCAAGUAAAUUCCUCAUCUAUGCUUGCCUGCUGCUGUUUUCUGUGCUGCUGGCCCUUCGGCUAGAUGGCAUUAUUCAGUGGAGUUACUGGGCUGUCUUUGCUCCAAUAUGGCUGUGGAAGUUAAUGGUCAUCGUUGGUGCAUCAGUUGGAACUGGAGUCUGGGCACGUAACCCCCAGUAUCGAGCAGAAGGAGAAACCUGUGUGGAGUUUAAAGCCAUGUUAAUUGCCGUGGGCAUUCACCUGCUCCUGUUGAUGUUUGAGGUUCUGGUCUGUGACAGGAUUGAGAGGGGAAGCCAUUUCUGGCUUCUGGUCUUCAUGCCGCUGUUCUUUGUCUCCCCAGUAUCUGUUGCAGCCUGCGUAUGGGGAUUCCGACAUGAUAGGUCACUCGAGUUAGAGAUCCUGUGCUCUGUCAACAUUCUUCAGUUUAUAUUCAUUGCCUUAAGACUGGACAAGAUCAUCCAUUGGCCCUGGCUGGUUGUCUGUGUUCCUCUGUGGAUUUUGAUGUCCUUUUUGUGCCUGGUUGUGCUGUAUUACAUCGUUUGGUCCGUCUUGUUCUUACGCUCUAUGGAUGUGAUUGCAGAACAAAGGAGAACACACAUAACAAUGGCUAUCAGCUGGAUGACAAUUGUGGUACCACUGCUUACAUUUGAGAUUCUGCUAGUUCAUAAACUGGAUGGCCAUAAUGCAUUCUCAUGUGUGCCUAUCUUUGUCCCACUUUGGCUUUCAUUGAUAACUCUAAUGGCAACAACAUUUGGACAGAAAGGAGGCAAUCACUGGUGGUUUGGAAUUCGUAAAGAUUUCUGUCAGUUUCUACUUGAAAUUUUCCCUUUUCUAAGAGAAUAUGGAAAUAUUUCAUAUGAUCUACAUCAUGAAGACAGUGAGGAAACUGAAGAAACACCAGUCCCAGAACCUCCAAAAAUUGCUCCUAUGUUCCGGAAGAAGACUAGAGUAGUUAUUACCCAGAGCCCUGGAAAAUAUGUUCUCCCACCUCCAAAAUUAAAUAUAGAUAUGCCCGAUUAAGUUGAAAUUCAGGAAUUAGAUGGACUGUAUGUGGCAUAAAAGAUACACAAGACAAAUAUCUUCUACAUUACUUUGCAUAAAUUCUAAACUGGAACUGGAAAUAGUCAAAUCUUUUCAUCUCAUGCUUUGAAUCAAUAUCACAGCCACUAGUGAACCAUCAGUAUGUAAUAUAUAGAUAUUGACAGUUAUUUUAAUAUAUGUCUGUGUGUGAGAAAGCUUUCAAGACUGACACUUAAAAACCGUUUCUAUCAGCAAGUUAAAUAGAUUUCGUAAGACUGAACAAUGGGGUGCUUGCCUAGCUGUUUUUUAAAUGCUACCAUGCCUUUCAAAAGUAGUACUAGUCUCAAUUGCAAAACAUAAUCUACAACCAGCGUGAAUAUCUCUCUAUUCCACUACUUGUUUCAGAGCAUCAUAUGCAUUUUUAGCCUUGUUCCUGUUAAGAUUUUCUUUGGGCAUGCUCAUAGCCAUCUUUAAUGAUCUAACUGGUGAACCUUUCUAAUGGAGUGACUCCAUGCCUGUAUAGUAUUUAUAUGAACGUUUUAGCAAUGUGUAAUAUAUUCUGUUAAAAUUCUAGUUCUGUACAGUAUAAUUAUAUUAUGUUAAAGUAUUUUUAAAAGCCUAUAUAUGAAGAUAUAUGUUCUAUUAUGAAAGAAGUCCUUUCAAAGUCUUUUAAAAAUGUUAAUGUGUGUCUGUCGGGUAUGGGAACUUAUUAAAGUAGUUGAUGUGACCACAGAGACUAAAAAUUGUAUUGGUUUGAAAUUCAGUUUUUUGUAUAUUUAAGUCUAUACUAAUCAAUCAAUGAAGACAAUUUCAAAGCUUGAUAUAUCACAUUAUCAGUAACCAGAUUUAGGUACCAAUUCCAUUUGGAAACGGGUAGUUUUAGCUUUCAUUUGCAAUAUGGCAUUCCUGUCUUGCUGAUGUGAUACCAGACUGUACAGUUCUGUUAUUUACCACUUUCAGGCACCACAUCUGCAGCAGGUCUGAUCUUAGAACACUGAAAAUUAGAAAUAAAUGGUAUGUCCAUUUCUAAAAGGCUCGGAAUCACCGUUUACAGAUAAUAGAAAGCAUUAAUUAUCAUUGGAAUACUGAGAGUUGACUAAGGUGGGAGUUGGGAGGAAGAAACAUACAUCAUAAUUAUGUUCAUUUUAAGGUCGGAAAUGACUUAGUGGUGAUAGGUAAUGCUAUACACCAGUUCAGAUGCUUUUACGAAUGAAUUGAAAAGUAAUUUGUUAGUCUUAUCCCACUGCUGAGAAAGUAAGAAAUCAGAUUCCUUCAGCAUAACAACCUUUUGACGACAAAUGAAAAGAACUGUUUGAUACUUUUCCUCAGGAUGUAUCUGAAGGUGUUUGAUUUGACAAUAUAGGCAACUUUUUUUAAUUGUCUGAAUUAUGUUUAAUGUAAAUUAUGUAAAUAAGUAAAAACUUUGCACUGGCUAAGGACAGAUAUGUUCUGUUUGGGGGUGGGGGUGGGAAUGUAGUUUUUCCAGUUUUGUGUGUAAAAACAAGCAAAAAUUCACUAUUUUCCCCUCUCCAUAGCUGUUCAAUAAACUGAUUCCUCAUUUUUCAUGUG